CCCCCCACCGCCGCAUCAUACCAAAUGCCCCAAGACCUCGCCCCCUCCCGCCCGAUGAUCCCCCAAACCACCUGCCCGUUAUUCACCCACAUCCCCGCCGAAAUCCGCAACAAGAUUUACCACUUCACCCUCGAGUCCUCCUCCGACGAUACUGGCGGCGGCAGCAGCAGCAGCAGCAGCAGCAGCGGCAGCAGUGGCAGCCAGGCGCCGUCCACCUCCUACGCCCAGCAAGCCCUCUACUACCGCCCGGGCUUCAAAUCUCGGAAACGUAUCUCCACCUCCCUCCUUCAGACAUGCCAGCAGAUCUACAAUGAAGCCUCGCUCCUGCCCCCGGCCAUCAACCGCCAUACCUUCUGGUGCUACCGGCCGCCCCCGCACGUCAAGCACCCCUCCUCCCCGGCGGACUACUUCGCGCGCAUGACGCCCAAGCAGCGCGAUGCUGUGCAGGAGCUCCACUUCUUCACCCAGCAGUUCUUCCUCGAGGAUACGUGGGCGCAGAUGUGGGCAACUGUGCGGGCGACUGAAGCGUGGCAGUUGCAGAUGCGCAAGGGGAAGCGGAAGCUGGAUGCUGCGGAGGGCGGUGGCGAUGGCAGUGGCGAGAGUCUGGACGGAGGGGUGGGGGAGAGGGAAAGUAAGCGCCGGGGAGGAGAAGGAGGAGGAGUGGGAGGCCCCGAUGUAGCCGGCCCCGAGGAAGAAGCAGAUGCAGGGGUUCUGGCGCCCAAGAAGAUGACAAUCACGCUCAGGCACACGGAUUGGUGGUUCUGGGAGAAUAAUGAGCCCCUGGGGAUUGACCCGUUUCGAGCAGGGAGGACACCGGCGGAUCAGAUGGGCGUGCGGCGGCCAUUGACGGCCUGGGAGGAGGGGAGGGUCUGGGGGAAUCAGUUCAAGCGGGUGCCUAGCUUGGAGGAACUGGUUAUCGAAUUUGAGACGGUCAUGAGGAAGCGGGACCAGUUGGAUGCGAUCGUGCAGAUGGCGCUGGGUUGGAGGUUUCCGCUGGUGGAGGCGAAUGGGGAUGGGGAUGGGGAGGGCAGGGUGUUUUUGGUUGCGGAUGCCGGGUCGAGAGAGGCGUAUACGUGGAUUGGGGCGAAGGAGGAGAUCCUGAGGAAUGUCGUGAGGGGAGUUGAAGAUGAGAAUGGGCAGGUUGCCCCGGUGGCCGUCAAGCCGCCCCCGAGGCUGGUUCCAUUCGAUGCGGAGAAGGAGUUCAAGACUGCCACAGCGGCUGCUGGACAGCAACAGGAAGCCGAGGGAAGCAAUGCUGCUGCUGCUGCUACUGCUGCUGCUGCCGGCCAGCCUGACCCGAAGAAGAAGCAGGAUUUCGAUCCGCUGACGGAGGAGAAGUUCUAUGUCGUCUUUUUGACAUGGAGGAGGCAGCGAGCGGAGUAAGGUGCAGUUUGACCACAACUAAUUAACAGCAUUACACUUGACACAAGUUUCAGCACUAUUAUGCUAUAAAUAAUUCUUAUUAUACUUCAGACAUUAAUGCAUUACCAACAUGA